ACAAUAACCGUUGGCCGCCCUGCUGAAACCUGAAACCUGAAACCUGAAACACUCGCCGCAGCUAUAGAGAGUUGGAAAGGAGAGUAAGAACUGCAGGGCUCGCUGGGAACUCGAAUCGCUUUAGAGAGAGAGAGAGAGAGAGAGGAUAGAGAAAGUAAAAAUUCUCAACAGAGACUGAAAAGGUUUCUUCACGCUCACACUAGCAAUCGAUCAAAAUGAGUACUAUGAAAUUUUGCCGCGAAUGCAACAACAUUCUUUAUCCAAAGGAAGACAAGGAACAGAAGAUCCUCCUUUACGCUUGUCGAAACUGCGAUCACCAGGAGGCUGCUGAAAACAAUUGUGUGUAUAGAAAUGAGGUGCAUCACUCUGUUGGCGAGCGCACUCAAGUCUUGCAGGAUGUAGCUGCUGAUCCAACUCUACCUCGAACUAAAUCUGUUCGAUGCACUCAGUGCAACCAUGGUGAAGCUGUGUUCUUCCAGGCAACUGCUAGAGGAGAGGAAGGAAUGACACUAUUUUUCGUUUGCUGCAACCCUAAUUGUGGCCAUCGUUGGAGAGAUUGAUUGACAGGUGGAUGACAUUAAUCGAGGUUCUUGAAGUGGGUGGACAUGUCAAUUGUCAGUACAACGAAGUGUAUGCUGUUUCGAUGGUCAUAUCAGUUUUUGAUAGAUGAUGGUUGUAAUAUCUGGUUACAGAUUUCAGGGAUAAACCAUCAGUCAAAGGCUCUAAACUUUAAAGUGACUCUUCCAAGGCUGCUUCUACUUACGGAAUUCUCUCUCUGUAGCAUUCCUUAAUUCACAAGUAUGACAAGAUAAUUUUUAUAUGAGCUAUCAAAAUUAAACAUCUUCAUUUGGGUCUCA